GGCGUCCUAUUGCCUACGUCACCACAUUUUACCGAAUAAGAUGGAACAGCGUGGAACAGCCACAUCUUUGUAGCGGUGGCUAAAGUCUGCAAUAAACAGAUAAAGAUGAGGAGCCCACAGUUGAUCGUCCAAUGCGUGAUGCUUCUUCUCCUGGCCAACCACAUCCAAACAGCCAGGCAAGGGCAGGAUAUCAGAUGUGGUGCUUGCAGGGCUUUAGUGGAUGAAAUGGAAUGGGCAAUAUCCCAAGUUGAUCCCAAGAAAAUGAUCCAGACAGGAUCCUUUAGAAUCAACCCAGAUGGCAGCCAAUCUAUUAGAGAGGUGCCUCUCGCCCGCUCUGAGGGUAACCUCCUGGAGUUGAUGGAGGAGGUGUGUGAGAGGAUGAAGGACUAUGGGGAACGUGUGGAUCCUACCACAAGCAGGAAGACCUAUGAGAGGGUCACAUCUCGAGAUGGAAAAGCCAUGGACCUCUCAGAGGCCAAACUGGAUUCAAGAGUUAGCUCCAGUCUGAAAUAUGCUUGUGAGACAAUUGUUGAACAACACGAAGACGAGAUCAUUGAAUUCUUUGCCCAUCAAUCGGAUAAUGUUAAAGACAAACUCUGCAGCAAGAGAACAGAUCUCUGUGAUCAUGCCUUGAAAAUGCAUCAUGAUGAGCUCUGACCGAACACAGAUCUACCUUCUAAGGGGGGCACUAACCCCUCUGGCAGUACGGGCUUAGCCCAUCCCUGGACAUUGCCCAUCCUCAGAUGCAUAUCUUUGUAAAAUGAACAUAAAUGUUUGGAUUGUAAUAUCAGCUCCAUUAACUAGGUACAAGCAAAGGGUAUAUACUACCUCUCAGUGUUAUAAGGACAUCUUUGAUAUCUUGGACAUUUAACAUGAGCAAACCAAUCUUGUAUGUCAAAUGGUUGUUUAUCGAGCCAUGUAAUUUGAAGUCACUGAAGCUACACAAUAAUUUCAUAUGAGAGUCUUUGUUAUUAGAUUGAUUCUUUAAGCAAAUAUAUGUAAAAAGAUGCAUAAAUUUCAUUUGAUAGACUUCUCGAUUCAAUAUACUUGUAUUCCACAAGAAUAACUUGAACAAUUAAUGGGGAAUUCUGUUAAUGUGAACUUAUUUCACUACAUAUCCCCAAAAUGUAUUAUUGUUGGUGGUUUGUCUCAUUUUGUAUGUUCUUGCCUCUUUUUUAUGGAAAUAUAUCUCAACAUCAAUUCGAUUACAGUA